AUGGGUUGCUUUCACUCUGUCACCGCCAGCACUAGAAAGCCUAGUCGCUACGUUGGUCUCGAGGAUAUCGAGAAGUAUGCAGCUCGCCGUGGCUCGCCAUCCUCCGCCCACGACAUUCUCAUCUUCGCCGAGGGUCAGCAACAGAGAUUCCACGGCAUCUUUGAUGACGAAUUCAAUUCCAACUACAACAUCAAGCGUGACUGGCAGCUCGAAAAAGAGCAGGUCCGCAGAGAACUUUCUGGUCGAGAACUGAGAAAGACCAUUGCCGACAUGGAUCGAGAGAUGGCACACCAGUUGCUCGUCAACUCCAACAAAUUUCGCGCUCGCAAGCAAAGAGCUCUUUCGCAAUUCGAAAAUGAGUGGAACAAGAGACAACAAGCCAAGGGCUAUCCUUUCUGGGGCCGAAAGCUGAACUACUAA